GGGGGCAGCGGAGCGGUCCUGUCCAGCCGAGCCGAGGAGGCGACCCGGACAACCUGGGCCGGAGGGUCUGGCUCCAGCGCCCGACAGAGCGCGGCGGUCAGCAGGGAGGGCCAGCGGCAGAGGUCACCAGCUCCGGGGCCAGCCACCAUGUCCUCCACCGUGAACAAUGGGGCGGCCAGCCUGCCGUCCCCGCCCGACGCCGCCAAUGGCUUCCCGCAGCCCGGCGCCUCGUCCGGGGCCUGGCCCCGGACAGAGGAGGAGCUGCGCGCCGCAGAGCCAGGCCUAGUGAAGCGCGCACACCGCGAGAUUCUGGACCAUGAGCGCAAGCGGCGCGUGGAGCUCAAGUGCAUGGAGCUGCAGGAGAUGAUGGAGGAGCAGGGGUACUCAGAGGAGGAGAUCCGGCAGAAGGUUGGGACAUUCCGGCAGAUGCUGAUGGAGAAGGAGGGAGUGCUCACCAGGGAGGAUCGACCUGGGGCCCACAUCGUGGUGGAGACCCCGCGGCUGACCGAGGGCGUGGAGCCGGGCCUCGAGUACGCGCCCUUCGACGAGGACGAGGGCCCGGUGGACUGCGACUGCCCGGCCGCCUGCUACCGCGGGCACCGGGGGGCCAGGACCAAGCACUGGUCCAGCAGCUCGGCGUCGCCCCCUCCCAAGAAGAAGAAGAAAAAGAAAGGCGGCCACCGGAGAAGCCGCAAAAAGAGGAGACUAGAGUCAGAGUGCAGCUGUGGGAGCUCCUCACCCCUGCGCAAAAAGAAGAAGAGUGUUAAGAAGCACCGCCGAGACAGGUCUGAUUCUGGGUCCCGGAGGAAGAGAAGGCACAGAUCUCGAAGUCCCAAGAGCAAAAGAAAAGAAAAGAACAAAGAGAGGAAGAGGCCUCACGCAGAGUCCCCAGCCCGGAGGUCCGGGGGCCCCCCCCGCCACAGCAGCGGCAGCUCCCACAGACCCUCACUCUCCUCCCAUUACAGUGAUUCCGGAUCGCCCAGCAGGCUAAGCCCUAAGCACAGAGACGACGGGCGGAAGAUGGGCAGCCAGCGGUCCAGCGGGAGCCGGUCACCUUCCCCGUCGGGCGGCAGCGGAUGGGUGUCACCCCAGCAGAACGGUGGCAGCAGACAGCGGAGCGGAGCGCACUCGGGCCGCCCCGGCUCGGCGCACAGCCCGCCCGAUAAGCCCAGCUCGCCCUCGCCCAGGGACGGCGAGGGCCGGGCGAGGCACGCGGAGGCCGAAGCCGCGCGUGCCCGGCGCCGCUCCCGCAGCUACUCGCCCAUCCGCAAGCGGCGCCGGGACUCACCCAGCUUCAUGGAGCCGCGGCGCAUCACCAGUGCUCGCAAGCGUCCUAUUCCCUACUACCGGCCCAGCCCCUCCUCUUCCUCCAGCUGCUUGAGCAGCGACUACUCAAGCCGGAGCCACAGCCGCAGCCCCAGCCCAGGCCACAGCCACGGGAGCUACAGCAGUCGCAGUCGCGGGACCCGCAGCCGCACGCGCAGCCCCUCCCGGACCCCCAGUCCCAGCUACCACAGCCGGAGCAGCUCUGAGAGUGGGGGCUUCUGAGCCCAGACACACCCAGCUUGGUGCCCUCAGCACAGGGAGAGGCAAGGGGCUAGGCCCCAGGACCCCGGGGGACAGGGGAGAUGCUUCUCCCCACACUGCUACAAAAAGGUCCCGGGGCCACCACUGGGCAGGUGGGACCAGGGGAGAUCGUGAGGGUGGGUGCCCUGCAGACAGGAGGAGCCAGACUGUGCUGCUUCCAAAGGGUGCCCACGCCCCACUCCUGCCCACCCACAGUGCCCAGGGAACAAAGAGCCGUCGUGAACACAGGGAUCAUCUAUCCCCCUUCCCGCUUGAUGCCAGCUCACCAGGCUGGGGACCACUGUCAGCGAACGGCACAGGAGUCCAUGGCCGCGACAUCACUUCACCUCAGCUCAGCAUAGCCAGGGACUCUCAGAAGGUGCCAGGUCUGGGAGCCUCCCCUCUCCACAGAGCCCUCCCUUCACUCCUCUCUGUCACUGGGCAGAUGAGAAGGUGGUGCAGCAAGCGGAUCUCAGCUAGGCCGAAGGAAGAACGGCUCAACCUCGGUGCACAGCCAUCCAGGCUGGGGAGCUGCUUCCUGAGCGGGCUGCAGGAGGUCCCUGGCUGAGGGCUGGUGGCUGGUCCCACAGCCUCCCCAAGCCCCUCCCCAAGUCCCUCCCAUCGCCCAGGAAUGUACAGACGAUGGCACCCAAAGCUCCAGCCUGAGGGCCAGGGAGCUUGGUCCUGCUCUCCAGGCCCAGCUCUCCCUCCAGCCUUCACCCAUGCCCUGGGGCAAGGCCAUACCAGCUAGGCCUUCUGCAUGACCAGAGGCAGAAGAUACCGACUACAGCUGCAUCUGACCUGAGGUCAAAAGAGAUUGGGUUAGGAGGCGGAAGAAGAAAGGGGCAGAUGGAGAGGCGAUCUGUGAGAAGGGGAAAAAGCAGUGCAGUUGGAUUCAGAUGACCGAGCAGGCCAGGGGGUGCUGGCGCGAGGAGAGGGCCAGUGGCAGCCCCAGCCUCAUCCAGAGGAGGGCAGCCUGUGCCUGGUGUCUGGGUCACAGGGUCCUCAACAGAGGACAGCGUGUGCUUGGGGCCUGCCCAAGGGGGCAGUUCCUCCUCGGGGUUUGGUGGGGACAUGGCUAGCCAAGGUUCCCACAAGAAGGGUGGUCCAGCCCUUCAGAGGGAGGGAGGGAGGACCUGGGCUGAGGGCCUUGGCCUGGGACAUGGCGGAGAAGCAGCGGCUCCAGUCCUCCUCUGCUGCUCCCAGCACCCCCUCCUGGGGCCCUCAGGGAUCUCACAAAGUCUUCCUUGGCCCAACGGGGCAGAUGCCCUGGGCUCUGUGGGGGAGGGGUCUGGGGUUUGGUCCGGGUUCCCUCUCUACUUCCCCUCCUCUUUCCGCGGUGCGGAUAAAAUUGGACUCCAAUAAUAAACACUCAGUGCCCGGGUGGCAGGUGGUGA